GUCAGUCCAGAACAGUCGUGCUGGAGUUCGGCAAAGUUUUCAAACACAGAGAUCAAUUUUUGCGGUGUCUAGGGUAAAAUUUAGGGUCAUCCACCGAUCGACAAACGUAUCUCCGACAACAUGUCAACCAAUGAACGCCCACUUACCAACGGACAACCCGGAAAGAGGCUGUCCAAUAUAAGCGAGGAGCGAAGCACACCGACCAGCACUCCUCCACAGACCAAGAGGAUGGCUGCGGGCGUGAGCGGGCCUUCCGUGGCCAACGGGCGGGUGCCCUCGAGCCCCACCCCGAAGGCUUACGCUGGCUCGUACGAGCCGAGUCUGACCGUCAACAUCCGUAACAUCGAAGCGGACGUGGUGUAUGGUGCUGUGGGAGAUACUCACAUGUGUCUCAAAGUUCUCAAACUCGUGCUCUCCCUUUUGAUUGGAAUACUCGUGCUUGGGUGUAUCACCGUAAGCAGACUGUCUCUCAUCGGAAUCACAAAAACUAUCCGCAACAAAUCUUCAAUAUGGGACGAAACCGACUUCGUGAACAACUGCAGUGGAGACUUUACAAAUUUUACAAACAGCAAAAAAGUUAAAGAUAUGGAAUCCACGGUCGUCAUGGUGGAAUAUAUCUUGAUGUUCCCCUACGGAGUAUCGUUCUUUCGUAGCGUCUGGAAUGGAGCGUUCCAGGCUUCCAUGCCCUGGCCUCACGUGAAAGCUGCACUUCUUGGCGUGGUUCUGAGUUUCCUGGAGGUGUUCGGCCUGUGUCUCUUCACGUUGCGGGUCAUGCCGUCUGUCGCCCCCUCCAUCAGCUUGGUACUGGCCAACGGCAUCUUCUUCGUACCCAUCAUACUACAGGUUGUGAAACACUCCAUCAAACUCUCCAAAGUUCGCAUCAGGAAGCACCUGGGUCUCUUCUUCUACAUCCUGGCGUCGAUCAUUCUCGGGCUGGCCUGUGGAGCCUUGGUGGGGGCGUGGUGCUAUUACCGGACCCAGCUAUGGGAGAUCCCGGUGUCCCUACUGUCUCUAUCCGUCGCCUGGGCACCUCUUCUUCAAGAGUACCAGACCGGAGAAGGCAGCGACACCGACGACACCGAGAACGCCGCCCGAUCCAAGAAGAAAAGCAGGGCGCACGACGUCGCGGUGGAAGAUCCGGAUGGCAUCUUCUUCGGAAGACAGAAGAGCGAAGUCGUCGUGCAGACUGUAGACCAUCUUGGAAGCAACGUCAAACAAAACGCGAGAUGGAAGGCAGGAAUCAUCAACAACUUCUUCAAGAUCGUUUUCGUACUCCUUGUACCAGAAGCCUUGAAGAUGCUCGGGUUGGUGAAGAUCUGCUCGCCAUGGGCUUGGACCAAACUGGACCUGUACGCGACGUUCACUAUCUCUAAUCCGGCUAUUACUAGCUUCAUCGUAAACGUGUGCUGCAGCUUCGGUGGAUACGUUCUGGCGUGGAUGGCGUGUACCAUACGGAUGCAGUUCUUCGGGUUCGCCCUCCCACUCUGCAUAGGAACCAAUGUCGCAUGUCUCCUUCUUAUACAGUUUCUGUCAACAACCUGGUUCGUUAUGAGAAGUCCCACCAUCGUUAUGGAGAGGGAAGCUAGUUUGUUCUGGCUGCCCGGGUACAGCGGAGUGUUUCCCGAACAGUGGCUGCUGCUGAGCCGGAAGAACAGGAACACGAAGAGCGAGGACUUCGUGGUGCAGAAGAGAACCCGACAAAACGCUCACGUCUACAUCUGCACAACCAUGUACCACGAGGCUGAACAUGAGAUGGAGCAGCUACUGACGUCAUUACGUGGUGUAGCGGAGAGUCAGGUCGGUGAGAGAACAUUCGAGUCGCACAUUUUCUUCGACGGAGGGUGUAAGCAGGGACAGCCGUCCCAGUGGGCACUGCAGCUGCUGUCACUCAUGGACCACACUCUCAAGGAUGGCAACACCAAAGAGAGCAUCAUCAACCAGUGCACGAAGUACAAAACACCGUACGGGCUGCAGCUACACUGGGACCUGCAUUAUGACAACGGGGAGACCGAGAGUGGCAUGAGCUUCAACAUUCAUCUCAAGGACAACACUUUGGUGAAGAACAAAAAGAGAUGGAGCCAGGUGAUGUACAUGUCUUACAUCUUGGACUAUGCAGUGUACUUCAGCCCAAUUGGCGUUGAGUCUAAGGCCAUAGAAGACACACACAUGAAGGCGACUUCAGUACUGGGCCAGGACAGUUUUAACGGUCCUCACCGGGCCAGGCUCCACAUGAAGCGGGAUGCCAGCGGCGCUGGGGGGUGGACUGCCGGGGAAUUCGACGAUGACCAGUACCUACAGAUCGACCUGGGAGAAGACAUGGUGUUUACGGGAGUUGUUACCCAGGGUAAGGCAGGCACGAACGAGUGGGUGACGAAGUACCGGCUGUUGUACAGCGACGACGGCGAGCUGUGGCAGUACUACAAGGAUGACUCCGGGCAGCCUGUGGAAUUUGAGGGAAACCGUGACGCAGACACCCCCGUACGUCAGCUGCUGGACAAGCCAAUCACAACGCGUUUCGUCAGCUUCAACCCCGUCCAAUGGGCCAAUCGGAUCAGCAUGCGGGUGGAGGUGCUGGGAUACUCGGCUGCUGACAAAGACAGGGAUAAUUUCAUGCUCGCCACCGAUGCCGAUGUGAAGUUCUCACCACAGUCUGCUAAAGCCCUGCUGGACAUCAUGACACGUGACCCUAACGUUGGUGCCGUGUGCGCCCGGACUCACCCACUAGGCUCAGGACCCAUGGUCUGGUACCAGAUGUUUGACUACGCCGUGGGCCAUUGGUUUCAAAAGGUGGCGAACAGCGUUCUGGGUACAGUACUCUGCUGCCCAGGCUGCUUCAGUGUGUACCGAGCCAAGGCCGUGAGAGACGCGCUGCCGACUUACGCCACCAAGGUGACCAAAGCUGAAGAGUUCCUCACCAAGGACAUGGGAGAAGACCGCUGGUUCUGCACCCUACUGGUAGAGAAGGGCUGGCGGCUGGAGUACACGGCUGUGUCCGAGGACAGCACCUACUGUCCGGAGGAGUUUGACGAAUUCUUUAACCAGAGAAGGCGGUGGAUCCCUUCAACCAUCGCCAACCAAAUGGAGCUACUGCGGAAAUGGGCGAACGGCCAAAUGAUCAAUGACUACAUUUCCAGGCUGUUUAUACUGUACCAAGGCUUCCUACUGUUCUCAACUAUGAUAGGGCCUUCUACUGUCAUCAUGAUCAUUGCUGCUGGACUGGAGCUGGUGGUUGGAAACAUCGGAGGCAGCAUCAUCCCAACUGUUGUCAUCCUGUUCCUGGUGUUCGUAGCCUACGCUUUACUCUGUGUCUACACAACACAGGAAACUCAACUGAAGUGGGCAAAGAUCCUGACGAUGCUGUUCACGGUUGUCAUGGUGAUCGUGCUGAUCGGGCAGGCUCGGGAGAUGGUGACGUCAUUCCAGAUUCUGGACCGCAGGCUUCACGCGGAGAGUUCGGUUCCGGCCCCGAACGAGGACGUAAAAAGCUGCCAGGAGUGUGAGAGAACAGGUGAAUGUACGCCCUGUAAGGACCUGGACUGUACCUCUCCACUGGAGUGGACACCGGGAAACGUGACGGCAUGGAUAUCAGACUGUAUUACCGACUUGGGGACAUUUGACAACAUAUCUAAACAUUUCGGAAGAUACGACGGAUUCCAGCUGUCGUUAGCAACAGAGAGCGAGCUGUGUGACGAGUUUGACGGCCCUAAUGGCGAUUUUGACCUGGAGAGGGACUGCAAGAUCAUCUUCACCCAAUUUCAGCAUCGUGUACAGAAUGCUGCGAAUGCCCCCACCCCGUCUGCCCCGCCGACCAUCCUCCAGCAGCUGCCGCUUCCCAUCAGCGUCAUCUACUUCCUCGGUCUGGCCGGGCUCUACGUCAUCACGGCUCUGCUGCACCCGUCAGAGUUCAUGACCCUGAUCUACGGGUUCGUGUACCUGCUGAGUCUGCCGUCUGGGUACAUCCUACUCAUCAUCUACAGCGUCUGUAACAUGACCGAUAGGUCCUGGGGAGACGUGGUUCUGCCGCCGGAGGACGGGCACAUCAACCUCGCGUUUGAGGAGGACGAAGAUUCAGAAAUAUUCGACGACCUGGAUGAUGAUGGUGCAAAAGAGCCUCGGCAUGUCGCGGGGCCCAGUGAGAGACGCAUCGGCCGUCAGAAGUCCAGAGGCCGCGGCAGGAAGGGCAGUGUUUCCAGCUCCAACUGGGGUAGCUGGGGCAGCCGAAAAUCUCACAGUCCUUCCAGACCGUCCAUAUUCUCCGUGGCCUUGGCUGCAUCUAAAGGAGGCAAGUCGUUCUCCCGCUGGCGAGCCGGAAGUCUCAACAGAUCCUCCAGUCAGACCUUUGUGAAGGACGUCAGUGAUUGGCUCCCAUACUACUGGCCACCCAAACUGAAGAAGAAAUACGAGAAGAAGUUUCGUGAGAAUGGUUUCGAAAACACAACAUUCAUCUCAGGUAUGUCGGACAAGGAUCUACAGGCAAUCGGAAUUAAGAACGACUUCCACAGAGAUAUUCUGAUGAAGGAAAUCAAGAAGCUCACAGAAUUUGAGCUACCAGGAGACGUGCCUGACAACUGCAGAGAGUGGCUUUAUUCCAUCGGACUUGACCAGUACAUCAAGAACUUUGAAAACUAUGGCAUCUACUCCAAGAACGACAUGGCUAGCCUACGUAGUAUGGACAUCACCGAGCUUCUUAAAGAUCUGAAGAUAACGAAGAUGGCACACAUCAACCGGAUCAGCAAUGCAAUAUCGAGGAUGAGAAGCCCUGACGAAUCUGACAGGAGGAUCAGUCAGGUGAAGUCUGUCAUCAGUAAGGAUGUGAAGACCCGUGUUAUGCAGCAGGAUGACGGCAGGACCCGGGAGUUUAAGUUCUGGGACACGCUGCGCAGGGAGUGCCUGGAUCCGGACAUCGCACUUUUCAGCUCGGACGGGGACUUGAGGGGAAAACUGGUUGAGCUGAGGAACAUGUGGUUGGGAGUUCUUCUCAUCGUCAACGUACUGUGGAUCACCAUCGUGGUGUCUCUCACCUACAUCCCAGAACUCAGGCUGUGGGACGCCAACCCUCUCAGCCUACUGUCUCUCCUAGUCUUCGGUCUGCUGCAGUUGAUACAGUUCCUUGCUAUGCUGUACCAUCGGUUGAGAACGCUGCUUCACUACAUCGCCAGGCUGCCCUACCCACUCAAAGUGCGCGCCAUCAAGAAUAUAGGAAGCAGCAAAGCAGAGAUCAAAAUUGAAGAAGACAAAGGUCCAGGAGUAAACGACCCUAUGCCUAGUGCUGGAGAUCUCCUCACACGACGUCCAACAAUACUCGGAGGCGACCGCCGUAAAGGCCCAACAACCUUUAAGACAAACCCACUGUUCGACAACUCAGAAGAAUAGAUGUAUUGGAUAUUUGCAGCCGUGUGACUUUUUCAGGACCACCAUAUUGGUGGAUUAUGCUACUUAAGGUCACCUUUCCCAGCUCGGGCAGUUUCCAGGUACGAAAAUUAUGACAUUGAAUAAUACAAACACAAAAACGUUGAAAAAGUACGGUCUUGUUAAUGUGAUUUUUUUUGGUCACUGGAACUGUCCGGCCUGGCCCCGCUUUGGAAAUGCAACCUUAGUUUCUAGGAUGCUGUGAAAGCCAUACCGUGCGAAGUGUGAAACAUUGUCGUGUUGAAUUUGAUUACUACCUCAGCGUCUUACCUGCAUUUUCCUUGAUAAUAAAUCCAAGAUAAAUCGCUGUACAAAGUGUAAAUAACUUAUUACCUGUUCUCUCGGGUACAGACGCUUACUAGUAUUUUGUGGUUUCCAUUCGGAAGAUAGAACUUCAACGGUUGUGUGACAAAGAUGUAGUGGGAUGCAAGGAUGAUGCUGAUUCUAUUUGGAUAUAUGAGAAGUAAUCGUAUUUAUUUGAUAUUACCAGUAAAUUUGUGUCAGGUUAUCGUAGUAGUAAGUGUUUAUAAAAAGAUCCAGUGAACUCUUGAAAAUGUUGGGUAUGUAAUAUGAUGGCAACCUUAGCAGUAGCAUGUGCUUUUACCUUUCUUUAAACACAAGUUUGUAUUUGAAUUUUUAACUUAUUCAUUAAAAUACUACAUAGCAGCACUUUGGAUGAGAGUGUCUUUGAAUGAAUUAGUGUUUAAAAUGACAUUUCAUGUUCUUACACUUGCAUUCAUAAAUAUGUACGAAUGUAAAUCUUAACCAUUUGUUUAUAUAAAUAUAUAUAUAUAUAUAUGUGUGCGUAUAUCUGUGUAAUAACCAAACGUUAAUAUAAUUAAGCAAACCAACCAUGUACAUAAAUAAAUGGGAUCAACAGUAACAAAAUUAAGAAUGACUUAUUAACAAACGGACUGCGAAAAGAAUACAGCUAGUACAUACUAUAAUUCAAUGAGAAGCAACGUUAGUGUAAAUCAAAACCUGUGCACACUAUUAGCUUACUACUACCAUGUACUAACCUCCACCAGGCCUUUCUACGGAAAUACGUGUCGUAGAAUUCAGCAAAAAAAUAGUACAAUUGGCCAAUUGAG